UCGACUUGGACGGUCAUACGUUGUUAGCUUCCGAAUAACUGCGUUCGUACUGAAAUAUAAAAUAAAAACAAGGUUAAUGUAUAUGUGAAUUUUAUUGAUUUACAAUUGUGCUUUUAUUUUGUUUUUUUCAUUUUUAUUGUGCUUUCGUUUUGUGAGUGGCUUGUUUUUAUUCGUUUUUUAGUUAUUCCAACGGGGAUACUUUGAAGAUAAUAUGAAGAAGGGGUGAUUUAUAUACGACGGCACACUCAUAAGGGCUCCAAUAUUUAAUCUCACACGUAAAUAUGAUAUCGAGUGUCAGAUAGCUAAAUCACAAAAUGGAACACGACGAUUGGACUGAUUACUUCGGGGUUCAAUACAAUAUAUCACAACCAACAAUACGAACGGACUCCAAAUAUGUUGAUGCACAACACAAAAUAAACACUAGUUUCAUUUUCAACACGACGGAAGUGACGGAGUUUUAUAAGAACUUCACCAACGACGAUUACUGCACAUCGAACAAUUCACAUUCAUAUUUAAAUGUUACCUGCGAGUUUCCUAUAAGUUAUGCUGAGCCUAUGUAUGGAUACAUAGCACCGUUUCUCCUCGCGACUACAAUUGUUGCGAACACUCUAAUAGUUGUGGUCCUUUCUCGACGUCAUAUGAGAACUCCAACAAAUGUUGUACUUAUGGCCAUGGCAUUGUGCGAUAUGUUCACCAUGCUUUUCCCAGCACCGUGGCUAUUUUAUAUGUAUACUUUUGGCAAUCAUUACAAACCACUGAGUCCUGUCCAUGCAUGUCAGGCUUGGCAUUAUAUGAAUGAGGUGAUCCCAGCAAUGUUUCACACAGCAAGUAUAUGGCUCACUCUUGCUCUAGCAGUUCAGCGAUAUAUCUACGUUUGUCAUGCACCUGUAGCUAGGACAUGGUGCACAAUGCCUAGAGUCAAGAAGUGUCUGAUUUAUAUCGGCGUAGCAGCCUUCCUUCAUCAGCUACCCCGGUUUUUUGAUCACCAGUACAUCCCCCAUCUGACCUACUGGCGAGGGCAUAUGGAACACGUUUGCGAGGUGGAGAUAGCGCCCUGGGUGAAAACAAUUUCUCUGGAUGCGUACUUCAUCACCUACUUCGCAUUCAGAGUUCUGUUUGUCCACUUAAUACCAUGUACGUCGCUCGUCGUUCUGAAUGUACUGCUGUUUCGAGCGAUGAGAACAGCACAAAUAAAUAGACAAAAAUUGUUCAAAGAAAACCGAAAGUCAGAAUGCAAGAGACUCAGAGAUUCGAAUUGCACAACCCUUAUGCUCAUUGUUGUAGUCACAGUUUUUCUCAUGGUAGAAAUACCAGUGGCCGUUGUGACUAUACUACAUAUUAUAUCAAGCACAAUCGUUGAGAUUCUGGACUACCAUAUUGCAAAUAUUCUGAUAUUAAUAACGAAUUUUUUUAUAAUUGUUUCCUAUCCUAUAAAUUUUGCUAUUUAUUGCGGUAUGUCGAGACAAUUUAGGGAGACAUUUAAAGAAUUGUUCAUUAGAGGCGCCGUCACCACUCGUAACGGAGGUUCGAGCAGAUAUUCACUAGUUAACGGCCCUAGAACUUGCACGAAUGAAACAGUACUGUAAAAUGUAAAUAAAAAAACAUGUUUUAUAGUUAAAUAAUUGUAUGUCGUUUGUCUAUUUAAAGUUAUAGACAUAUCAAUAAAUUGAUAUAUAACGUUCAUAGAUGACGCUUUGUUGGUAGCUUUGUGUUUAUGAAUUAUUAGAAUAUUAAACGAUUUAUUGUAAUAUAUAUAUAUAUAUAUUAAGAUACUUUUCCGUGGCUUAUGGGUGACAUUAUCUAGACUUAUUACAGUAUGCAUAGUUUUAGAUUUGUAUAAAAGAUGUCUAUGAUAAACUCGCUUUCAAGCCCUUAAAUGGUGAGCCCCCAUUUAGGAAAAGUAUCAAAUGUAAAUAGAAAAUUUUCAUGUGCUUUUAAUAGUUUAUGUAAAUAAAUUUGUUAAGUUAACUCGAGAUUAUUGUAUAACUGGUUUAUAUUAAUAUAGAUUUAUAUAUAAUAUUUAUGUUUUGAUUAUAAAUGUAAGUUUCUUGUACACUUCAAGAAGUGUUUAUUUAGAUAGGAACACUUACAUUUUAUAUUGUUGUAACUGAAACAUUGCAAAAUCAAAUUUGUGGAAACUAGGUGCAUUAUUCUAAUAAAAAUAUAAUUUAA